AUGUCUGGGGCAGCCAUAAAAUCUGCGCAUGACUUCGACCCUUUAGACGAAGCUCUCAGGCCACCAAUAAACGAGACAGAGGAGGAUCGUGUUAUCAGACAAGCUCAAGAAGCAGAGGCACGCAGGGUGAGCCAGGCAAUAGACGAUUCAAUAAGAGCGGAGAAGCAGGCGCAGAAGAAGAAGGGUAUCGUCAGGCUCUUAUUGUUGGGUCAAAGUGAAUCUGGUAAAUCAACAACACUAAGACACUUCCAAAAACUAUACACUCCCACUGCCUUUCAUGAAGAGCGCAUACUCUGGCGCAGCGUCAUACAGCUGAACAUUGUGCGGUCUGUCCGUACAAUCCUCGACGCUUUAUCCGACCUUCGACUCCCUCACCUUGAUAGUGGAGGUGAAGACAGCGAUGACAGCGGAGCCAAUUUACCCCAGGAGCUCGAGAUGUUACAGAUGCGCCUCACUCCAUUGCGCCAUAUUGAGGCGCUACUCAUUGCAAAGCUAAUACCUCCAAGCGAAGAUGAGGCCACUUCUAUCAUCGGAAGCAGUGCUAUAAGCGCAUACCACUCUCAUCGCAGCCGGAGUAGUGAGCAUUCACGGACUCAAGAAGUCUUUGUACGCCCUGGAGCCACAUGGAAGGGAGCGCUAGCGAAGACUACUCGUACUCGACCAAUCUCAUUAGGGAAUACGGGCAUGCAAACCCGAGACGAAGCUCAAGAAGUUAUCCAUUCGUGCAGUUAUGACAUCAUGGUUCUCUGGAAUGACAGGCUUGUUCGGGAAGUAUUGCGACGAAGAAAAAUUCGCCUCGAAGAAUCCUCCGGCUUCUUCCUCAACGACUUGGACCGAGUCACAGCCCUAAAUUACACCCCAAGCGAUGACGAUGUACUCCGAGCGCGCCUGAAGACAGUUGGCGUCUCGGAGUAUCGGUGUGAAAUGGAAGCCGUGGCUGGACGUGAAAGUGGUACUGAAUGGAGGAUAGUUGACGUUGGCGGUUCCCGGUCGCAGGUACCAACAUGGGUACCUUUCUUUGAUGACGUCGACGCCAUCAUCUUCCUCGCGCCAAUAUCUAGUUUUGAUCAAGUUCUUGCUGAGGAUCGCAGCGUGAACCGACUUGAGGACAGCGUGCUAUUAUGGAAAGCUGUUUGUUCGAACAAACUGCUCGCGAACGUUGAUCUUGUUCUGUUCCUGAACAAGUGCGACAUACUUGAUUCGAAACUCGCGUCAGGAAUAAGGUUAUCGAAAUACGUUCGCAGCUACGGGGACCGUCCUAACGAUAUGGAGACAGCCUCAAAAUACUUCCGAAGCAAGUUUAGCGCGAUACAUCGAGAAUAUUCACCGCUCCCACGGAAAUUUUAUGGAUUUUGUACGACUGUUACAGACACGACUACGACUGCUGGUAUUCUUGCUAGUGUGCGAGACAUGGUUGUACGCAGGCACCUCAAGCAAUCUAGGCUGCUAUAG